CGCAGUAGUAUUUCUAUUGUUUUUUCAAAGCGGUAGCGGUAUAUAUGUUGCUUUUUCAUUAUGCAGAUUAGUUGUUGUGAGAAAAAAGCCUAAAAAUAUAAAAUAUGAUUAAAUAUCGCGAUUAUACAGGUUCAAAACAUUUAAGCUAUUAAUAACCUUAAAUUUCUGAGAGAAGAUGAAACAAACCAUUUUUCACAUGCAAUAAAAUUCAUAUAUUAUGCCACUUUGCACCUUUCCAUAAAUUCCACUUGAAUUGAAAAUUGUUUCAACCUUGCUGUAAAUUUACAAUAGGUUUAUAAAUGUGACAUAAGAAAUAUUUAAUCAGUAUAUAUAACGGAAUAAAUGGAUAAUAAUAUGACGGAAUAAAGUGCAAACCGCAGCUCGCCGCUACGUUGUCGACUUAGCGUAAGUGUAGUAUCAAUCAGGUCUCUUGGCUGUGAAUGAAGCGUUUUCGACAGUACAAUGACACAAACGCUGUAGUGUAGAAAACUUUUCGGUAUCAAUAUGGCUAGACCCUCAGGUUUUCCAACGUAUAAAUCAUUCGCCAACGUUAUAUUAUUCCACAGAUAAUUCGCCAACGUUAUAUUUCAACGGUUUCGGACAAAAACUUUUAAAAUUGUAAUAAACAUUCAAACAAGAAUUAGUUAGGGCAGAAAUCAUAGUUUCAAAAUAAUGUAAAUAUAAAACUUUUAACAUCCAUAAUGGGUUUCAUUCAAUAUAAUAUCCUUAAUUGCUUAGUAAUUCUAGUAAAAAUAUUUAAUAUAAGUUAUUGUUACGAUGUAAGUGGAUACAUUGCCUAUUGUCCCUGCAUGGGUAGAUUUGGAAACCAAGCUGAUCAUUUUUUAGGAGCACUAGCAUUUAGUAAAGCCCUUAAUAGAACAUUAAUUCUUCCUCCAUGGGUGGAAUACAGAUAUGGAGAAGUGAAAUCAAUUCAAGUCCCUUUUGACACCUACUUUGAUAUAAAGCCAUUAACUGUUUACAACAAAAUUGUGACAAUGGAAACAUUUAUGCAAGAAUUAGCCCCAAACAUUUGGCCCCAAGACAAAAGAAUAUCCUUUUGCUACACUCCUAGAAUUGGGGAUUAUAAAAAAAGUUGCAAUGCAAAGUCAGGCAAUCCAUUUGGGCCCUUUUGGGACACUUUUAAUAUAGAGUUUAGUGGUUCUGAAUUUUAUGGACCAUUACAUUAUGAUGCAUAUAAUGAAAUUAUUGUACAACGGUGGAUUAUUAAGUACAGACCACAAGAAUGGCCUGUGUUAGCUUUUACAGGUGCACCAGCUAGUUUUCCUGUUCAGGCAGAAAAUGUACAUUUACAAAAAUACCUUAAAUGGAAUGUCCAAAUGUUGGACAAAGCUAAGUUAUUCAUCAAAGAAAAUAUGAAUGGUGGUGGUUUCUUAGGCCUUCAUUUAAGAAAUGGUCAAGAUUGGGUAAGAGCCUGUGAGCAUGUCAAAGAUAGCCAAACAUUGUUUGCAGCACCUCAAUGUGUUGGUUAUAAAAAUGAGAAAGGAACCUUGACAUCAUCAAUGUGCCUUCCCACUAAGGUUGAAAUGCUGAAACAAGUCAAGAGGGCACUAAAAAAGUUUCCAGACAUAAAGUAUGUUUUUGUUGCAUCAGAUUCCAACCAUAUGAUAGAAGAGUUGAAGAAAUCAUUAAAGGACUUUCAUGUUACUGUUACUAAAUUUAACAACAGUGAUCCACACUUAGAUCUAGUUAUCUUAGGCAAGGCUAAUUAUUUUAUUGGUAAUUGUGUAUCUUCAUUUUCUGCAUUUGUAAAGAGAGAUAGAGAUGUCAGUGGCCUUCCAUCUGAAUUUUGGUCUUUUCCUAGUAGAAAGAAGUAUAAACAUGACGAACUAUAACUGAAUUAAGACUUAAACUUACUUUAUUGAGAACUAAAACACAUUAGUUAGUAAAUUUUAGUUAAAUAAUAUUUGAGUCUAGAAUUAAAUGUCAAAUGAUCAA